AUGUUUCGCCCGGCGGCUGGAUCAGUGUUCCGCUCUGCGGCUCGUGUGUCUCCGUCUUCUUCCCCUGUCGCAAGGACUCUUGGGAAACGAUUCGCUAGCACUUCGCCUGCAAACGCACGACGGAGUUGGAAAGGCUCUGCCUUGAGAUGGGGUGUCGCCAUUGCUGGCGUCUACUACUAUAAUACGAGCCCCGUCUUUGCGGAGCAGCCCCAGCAUAAUCUAUUAAACCCGAAUGUUGACGCGGUAGACGACGAAGUCAGAGACCACUCCACAUUGGAAGCACUCACCUCUGGUCGCGCACGGCAAGCCGAGAAAAAUGCCUCUGUCCUACGCUCUGCAGCCGAUGCUGUGUCCUCUGAGAAUGCUUCGACAACGGUGCUCACUGAGCAUGACAAACCCAGCAACACGGGCGCAGCAGAAUUGGAAGAGGAGGCAGCUGGCGAGGGUGCUUUCAACCCCGAGACUGGGGAAAUCAAUUGGGAUUGUCCUUGCUUAGGUGGUAUGGCGCAUGGUCCUUGUGGUCCCGAGUUUCGAGAAGCGUUUUCAUGUUUCGUUUACUCGACGGAAGAACCAAAAGGCAUGGACUGUAUCGACAAAUUCCAAAAUAUGCAGCAGUGUUUCCAGAAGUAUCCGGAGGUUUAUAAGGGCGAGCUGGAAGAUGAUGAUGAACUAUCUGCUGGGCUAGAGGAGGAGAGGCAGGAGCUGGUUAAUGAGAUUGCGGAGAGAAAGAAACAACAGUCAGAAUCACAAAAGCAAACAAGGCUGCUAGAGGAGCCAGAUACUGUUCCGCGGGCAAAAAGCACUACCAAGAGAGCAGCUCCUCAAGCAGCAAGCACUACCAAGAAAGCAGCUCCGCAAGACUCUCAACAACAACCGCAGUCAGACACGGAAGGGGGAAACGGAGCUCAACAACCAGCAGUACCAUCGAAAUCCCAGCCAGACUCAAUCCCGAAAGCCAGUAUCGAUGCCACCGCAGCCAAUCAGCGGACUGACAAGCCGCCCGCAGAGGAAGGGAAGGUCAAAGUUAGUGACGAUUCGACUCACGAGUCGACCUUUUCGCCCGAGCGCGAGAACGUUACAGAAGGCCAGGAAUCAGGCGUCGCAAGUGAUGCAGAGAAAAGUUCAUCCGUUUCUGGCCUCCCGGAGUCCGAAAUCGUGCCAAAAGCGGCACAUAAUGCCACAAGCAGCAGCGGUGGUGAAAGGGCAAAGGAAGAUGGGCAGGUGGCUGGAGGUCGGGGUGGACGAAAGGGAGAGUAG